CGCUGGGGGCCGGAAGGACGGACCCACUUCUCAGGGGUGUUCCGCUUUCUCGGGCCCCGCGGAGCCUGUCGGGCCGCAAGGUUCCCGAGCAGGGCGAUGACAGAGUACAAGCUGGUGGUGGUGGGAGCUGGUGGCGUUGGCAAAAGCGCCCUGACCAUUCAGCUCAUCCAGAACCACUUCGUGGACGAGUACGACCCGACCAUAGAGGAUUCAUAUCGGAAACAGGUAGUUAUUGAUGGUGAGACCUGUUUGCUAGACAUUCUGGAUACUGCAGGGCAGGAGGAGUACAGUGCUAUGCGAGACCAGUACAUGAGAACUGGUGAAGGCUUCCUCUGUGUCUUUGCCAUUAAUAACAGCAAAUCAUUUGCUGAUAUCAAUCUCUACAGAGAGCAGAUUAAGAGAGUGAAAGAUUCAGACGAUGUGCCUAUGGUGCUAGUGGGAAACAAGUGCGACUUGCCCACAAGGACAGUGGAUACAAAACAGGCUCAAGAACUAUCCAAGAGCUAUGGGAUCCCCUUCAUUGAGACGUCAGCAAAAACAAGACAGGGUGUCGAAGACGCCUUUUACACGUUGGUGAGAGAGAUCCGCCAGUACCGGAUGAAAAAGCUCAACAGCAGUGAAGAUGGGAAUCAAGGCUGCAUGGGAUUGUCAUGCAUUGUGAUGUGAUAAGCCACCAAGAAUACCUGGUUCAGAUGUAGCUGGAGGACAAGUCUUGAUGCCACUGUAAAGCAUCUCAUGAUGAUGCCCUGCCAGUACCCUGGUGCCAGCCAAGCAGUAUAAAGUCCUUUUCUGUGCUCCAUCUGAAGAGAACAUCUCUGAACAGCUACCUCCUUGCUCGGCUGCCUGAGCAGAGAAAGCCCCAUCUGUUGAUGCACUGGGAUUUUUUUCUUUUUUUUCCUGGGUAGGUUCAAACAGAAAACUGGUCACAAGAAAACUUUAAACAUCAAAUGCUGUGAAAAAGAUGACAACAUUUUUACCUCUAGAAUAGAUGCCAGAAGUGAUGUUUGUUUCCUUUGUAUCAGAUUAACACCUGGGGAGGGAUAGCUCAGUGGUUUGAGCAUUGGCCAACUAAACCUAGGGUUGUGAGUUCAAUCCUUGAGGGGGCCACUUAGGGAUCUGGGGCAAAAAUCAGUACUUGGUCCUGCUAGUGAAGGCAGGGGGCUGGACUCAAUGACUUUUCAGGGUCCCUUCCAGCUCUAUGAGAUAGGUAUAUCUCCAUAUAUUAUAUUAUUAUUAUUAUUUUAUUAAGACCUGCAAGGCUAUCUGAGAAAUGUCACUAAUCACUGACUGGCAGAUAAUGUCAGAAAUGGCAUUGCCACUGUUUCUUAAUACUCUGCUACCUGUUCCAGAUUGGUAUCUGCUCUCUGUGUGCACCACACAGCCUACUCACAGCUCACCAUUGUGUCAUGCCAUUUACGCUGAUUCUCUGUCUUUCUGUAAUAAAAAGAAGAGAUCUUUGUUAAUUAAGUGCCUGUUUGCAGAGGAGCUUGAGAGCUUUUCCCCAUUGUCAGACUGAAGGAAUUACCAAGGAUUCAGAUUCCCUUGAGAGCUGGUGCCCUUGUAAAUGAUCAUGUCUUUGAGAAAUGCACGUGGUCAGUUUAUUGGUGUGACUGGACUCUGCCUCUUCAUCUAGAGAAACUUUCUGGCUGGAAGCUCCAGUAGACAUGUGGGAGGAGUUCUCCAUGUCUAAAGAGCACAAGGCAAUGGAUCUGUUUUAGUGGGUAAACUCAUGUACAUUCCGUCUAGCUUUGUCACUGUGCCCAUGGCUUCCUUCAUCUCCAGGUAGGACCAAACUAAUCAGCUGCUCUUGUUAAUGUUGGCUGGAAAUAUACGUGGUCAGCUACUUGACAGGUAACCACUCCAGUGGAUUUUACCGGUUUGGGUGACUAUUAAUUGUUCAGAUUUGUCUAGAACUUGCAGUUCUGUUUUUAAAAUUAUUUGCCUCAUCACCAGACUUCAAAUAAAGCUCUGUCAAAUUAAUCUCUGGGAAGAGUAGCUGGGGAACAUUCUCAAUGGGAAAGGAGUCUUGGAUUUCUGACUGGCUUGCACAGUGUGUAGUGUUUGCUCCAGACUGCAGUGCAUGCAGUCCCUCCAAAAGCAAGGGCAAAGCUGGCAAUAAAAUAUAGCACAGAAAACUGA